UCUAGAAUUACUUGUCAAAAUUGGCUAAGCAAACAAGCAAUGGUCAAUAUUUGUUAACGUGCCAAGUCUAAUCCAAAAAGUGAGCAGUGAAGUGACUGAAUCAAAAAAGAAAAUAUUUACACUUCGAAGGCAGCUGAUAAUCUGAAAUGGGCGACAUUGUCUUUAACAAAUAUCAAGCCUAAUUUAAUAACACUUGUAAUCAGCUAGGUGUAUGUCAAGGCGAUUGGUAACGCGUGAGGACGUUGAUACCGGCCCCUAUAUAAACACUCCAAGAUUCGCCAAAGGACAAAUCGAGGAAAUUCGGCAAAAUGUUCACCGGUGUAUUUAAUUUUUUUGUGCUUAUCGGACUCGUUUUAGGCGAUGAACCUGCAAAACUGAGAUACUUUUACAGUACAAUAGAAGAGUAUACGGAGCUGCCCCUAGAAAGAGCACAGGAUAUCUUCAGCACAUCGUGGUACAACGCUAGCCGAACCACAGUUAUUUUUGCUCAUGGAUUUACAGGUCACCCCCAAGGGCCCGCGGUAACCGCGGUAAUAAACUCAUAUUUGGAACAAGGAAAAAGCAACGUCGUGCUCUUCAAUUGGGAUAAAAUGGCGUCUUCGAAUUCUAACAUGGUCAGUUCGUAUCUGAGUUGGGCAGCGCCUAAUGCGAAAAGGCUGGGUUACAUUUUCUCCGAGACGCUACAGAAUAUGUCGGCCGCCGGGCUCGCGUUGAACAAGACGCACCUCGUGGGCCAUUCACUCGGCGCUCAUAUCUUCGGGAUUGCCGGCAAUACUUUAUUGACGAAAGGGAUCCAGUUGCCAUGGAUUACAGGUUUAGACCCAGCCAGUGCGAGUUUCGAAAAUAGGCCAAAGAUGAUGCGGCUCAACCCAGAGUCCGCGAGCUUUGUGUCGGUCAUACACUCCGACCCCAGCAAGUACGCUUGCAAGAAACCACUGGGCACAGUCGACUUUUGGCCCAAUUUUAGGCCUGGAACCGUGGUGCAACCUGGCUGUAGUAACAAGUCGUAUCCCAUGUUUUCCAAAGAAGAUUUGUGUAACCACAACCGAAGUUGGGAACUACUCAUAGAUGCCAUAAAGUAUCCAGGCACUAUUCUAGGGAGCUACGCAAAAAACUAUAGGCAAUGGAAAAACUCGUCAAAGGAAGAAAAAGAAGCCACUGUGCUAGAAAUUGGAAUCCACAAAGAGGAUCCGGUUCCUGGUGACUACUUCUUCAUCACAACAGCAGAAUCUCCAUACGGUCUCGGGAAACAAGGAUUGUGAUAUGUGAUAAUAGUUGUAGGUAGAUAAUGAUAGAUCUAAAAAUCAUUAAAAGUGUUCUUCAGGUAAUGUAAUCUUUUGAUCGGUUAGUAGGCAAAUCAAAUUAUCCUACAAAGGUAAGUAUUAAGCUUUAUGUUAGUAUUAGAAUGAACUGGAUUAGUAAUAGUACUGUUAAGUCUGGUAUUUUUAAGUUAAGUUAGGUAAUUAUGAAAUUGUAUUUUUCCGAAAUAAAUUCCUUCAUUUACUUUAGGACCGUAUUGAUUUGCAGCCAAAUAUACA